UCUCCCAACAUCUUAAAGCUUGAAAGCGGAAAUCUCCUUCGGCACCUUCUUUACUUAGGCCAGAAAGGCAGACUGAACUGACGGAUUUUUUUUUCAUUGUCCCGUGGGAGAAAAGAAACGCACGAACUUACCAUGAAGAGAAUAACGGGGAAGACGAAAGAAGCUACUUUAAUAGAAAUGUCCAACACUCUGGAUUCUCAGAUUGAAGAUGGCUGUGCCGUUCUAACGGGCUACCGGAGGACCUUUCAGGCAGGUAAUAAUGGCAUUAACUCCAUCUCUGACCGAGGGACACAGCUGCCUGGUCACCGGGAGAUAGACAAGUUUGAGGAGAACAGGAACUCUGUGUACUUCAAGGAUGGUGUACGACGCAUCGACUUCGUCCUGUCCUACGUUGACGACAAGGAUGGAGACAAAAAAGCGGAGAGAAGAAGAGAGUUUGAAGCCAACCUGGAGAAGUCUGGUCUUGAGCUGGAGACUGAAGAUAAAUCGGAGUCAGAUGAUCGUAAGACAUAUUAUCUGAAGAUCCACGCUCCAUGGGAGGUGUUGGCCACCUAUGCGGAUGUGCUAAAGAUCAAGGUGCCCUUUAAAGCGAGCGAUAUUCCCAAAGCUCGAGAAGUUCCUCUGGAGUGGCUCACUCACCCUUUCCGGCUUCCAGAUGGCAUCAUGAGGCCAGAGCCGGACUACUUCACUGCACCUUUUGACAAGAGCAAGGUUGACUUCUUCCUCAUUGAUGAUAAGGAUACGUUUUUUCCUCCCUCCACACGCAACAGGAUCGUGUACUACAUCCUGACCCGCUGCCCUUACUACAAGGAAGACCGUAAAGAGAAAGAUAAGACGGGAAUCAAACGACUGCUGAACAACGGCACCUACACCUCAGCUUAUCCCCUUCAUGACUGUCGGUAUUGGAAGAAAGCACAAGACAUGCAGUGUGAGAGUGAAAGGUAUCACCUGUAUAGCCACUGGGCUCGAUUCCUCUGCUUCUACAAGGAGCAGCCACUCAAUCUGAUCAAGAAGUACUAUGGUGAGAAGAUUGGUAUCUACUUUGCCUGGCUGGGCUUUUACACAGAAAUGCUGUUUUUUGCUGCAGUCAUGGGUGUGAUCUGUUUUGUUUAUGGUGUGCUCAGUUACGAUGACAACAUCACAAGCAAGGAGAUCUGUGGCCCAGAAAUUGGAGGGAUGAUUGUCAUGUGUCCACUCUGUGAUAAAAAGUGUAGCUACUGGAAACUCAACUCAACAUGUCUGUCCUCCUGGCAAUCCCAUCUAUUUGAUAAUGAGGGGACUGUGUUCUUCGCCAUGUUCAUGGGCAUUUGGGUGACCCUGUUCCUAGAGUUCUGGAAACGGCGGCAGGCCCGUCUGGAAUAUGAGUGGGACCUUGUGGACUUUGAAGAGGAACAGCAGCAGCUACAGAUCAGGCCAGAGUAUGAGUUGAAGUGCACAGGCCACAGACUCAACCGCUUCACUCAGGAAAUGGAGCCUUAUCUUUCUUUCCCCAGCAAGUGUGCUCGAUUCUGCCUGUCUGGAGCAACUGUUCUCUUCUGGACGUUUCUGAUAGUGGCCUGUAUAAUGGGGGUGAUCGCUUACAGAUUAGCGGUUUAUGCAGCAUUCGCCAGCGUCAUGAAGGACAGCCCCACCAGUAAGAUCCAGCUUGUGGGUUCUCUCAUCACUCCUCAACUUGCCACCUCUGUCACUGCUUCAUGCAUCAACUUUGUCAUUAUCCUCAUCCUCAACUUCCUCUAUGAGCAAGUGGCCAUCUGGAUCACUGAUAUGGAGAUCCCCAAGACCCAUCUGGAGUAUGAGAACAAGCUGACCAUGAAGAUGUUUAUGUUCCAGUUUGUGAACUACUACUCUUCCUGUUUCUAUGUGGCCUUCUUUAAAGGGAAGUUUGUGGGUUAUCCGGGAAACUACAGUUAUAUGUUUGGAAAAUGGACCAGUCUGAGAAAUGAAGAGUGUGCCCCCGGGGGCUGUCUGAUUGAGCUGACCACACAGCUGCUCAUCGUCAUGGCUGGAAAACAGAUGGUUGGGAACGUCCAGGAGGCUCUGCUUCCACUUCUCAGAAACUGGUGGGGCAGCAGAAAAGGGCGGAGUCAUCCAGAAAGUACAUACAGUAGAUGGGAGCAGGACCACGAUCUGCAGAACUUCAGCCAGUUUGGACUCUUCUAUGAGUAUCUGGAGAUGGUGAUCCAGUUUGGCUUCAUAACACUUUUCGUAGCCUCUUUUCCACUGGCCCCUCUUCUUGCCCUAUUCAACAACAUCCUGGAGGUGCGAGUCGAUGCUUGGAAGUUUACCACACAGUUCAGAAGGCCAGUGGCAGCAAAGGCACGCAACAUAGGAGCGUGGGAAGAGAUCCUUAAUGUGGUGGCCAUCUUGUCCGUAGUCACAAAUGCCUUCAUCAUGGCAUUCACCUCAGAUAUGAUUCCUCGUCUGGUCUAUCUGUACGCCUACCACCAAGGCAGCGAGGCCACUAUGAGAGGUUACAUCACCAACAGCCUCUCCUUUUACAACAUCUCUCAGAUCCCUGAAGAUAACCUACCCGAACCUGGAGAAAACCCAUCCUGGUUUAACAGCUCUACCAUCACGACAUGCAGGUAUCGGGACUACAGAUACCCACCCGGCCAUGAAAAGCAAUACACACACACAAUGCAGUUCUGGCACAUCUUGGCUGCUAAGCUAGCCUUCAUCAUCAUCAUGGAACACGUUGUAUUUGUGGUGAAAUUCUUCGUGGCGUGGCUGAUUCCAGAUGUGCCGUCAGACGUGAAAGCGCGUAUAAAGCGGGAACGCUUUCUGGUUCAGGAAUACCUGCACAACUAUGAAGUGGAGAAACUCAAGAUGCAGCUGAGCCAGAGUUUCUGCCUGUCCACAGAAACGGCCUCACUGCUGCCCUCUAGUCCUAGUAAACACCAGGUGCUCUCUGAAUGUAUUUGAACAUCCAUGAGCCCUCAGGACUAAUCAAAUGUACUGUACACUGCAAAGCAUGGAGGAAUCGAAUCUUCGGGACCCCCUUCAAAUAUUUAUUGCAAAAAAACUGCCUGCCCUCAUCCAGACAACUGCCAGAACUUUUACAAAGAACGACCCGUCUAACAAUUAUGCAAACCUGCAGCUUUUUCCUGCUUGCGGUUUAUGGGAGAA